AUGUUUUCCAACAACUCAAGUGGAAAUAAGAGAGUCCGGAGGUCAAAGUCUUCAGCUUCAGUGCAGAACCGUCGGCCGGCUAUGUCAGAGGCUUUCGAUUCUGAACUGGCGCAGCUACAAGCUUUGGCAGCGGCAUCUCUAGCUAUGCGGCGUCAUGAUAACCGGCCUUCUUCUAGCUUGUCAAGUUCCAAGAAGUGGUAUGAUCAUUCGUCCAGCACGGAUGGUAGCUAUCACCAACAACCCCUUUCUCAACCCAGCGAUACAAAAGAUGAGAGUGAGAGUUACUGCCCUACAAGCGCCACCGAGUCGACUAUACUUCCACGAAUGUCCGAAUCGUCCGGAGUCAUGGAACAGAAUAGGCCGACUAUCUGCCCAGCGUCGCCGCGUCCAUCCUCCUACAGGAGACUUCGGAAAUCGAAAUCCAUGUUUACCACCUCCCACGAGUCUGAGCGGUUGUGUCAUGGAUCUGGCAACAACCAGAGAACAAGUUCAGGAACAAGCCGUCUCUCCCGCCGUACCCUUCGAAGGUCCUUGUCCUUUUUUAGGGGAAGUAGCAUAUCAAAAGCCGAUAAGGAAAACCAUGCAACAGUCUCCACUUUACCAAUUGAACUUGCUAGAGAACAAUUCCAAAGGUCUAUGGAAGAAAAGCGUGUAGCGAAUGGAUCAGAGUCAAUUGUUACCCGCAGUUCUCGGCAAGUGCCAAAGCCUUUCAAAAAGUCCAUGAGGUCAAACGGAACGAAUGCUGGAUCUACUACCCCCUCGAGAUAUGCAUCUACUGGCACCCACUGUGGGCCUAAGGCCCGUCUGUUCUCGUUUUCGAUUAAGAAUAGCAUUCGUCGGAUUUUCGGGAGACGGCUAUCAAGUAGCCGGGAAGAGUUACCAAAGCAGCAUGGAGCCCACCACGAUUUUGGCUCUUUUGACGUCGGAUCUUCCGAGGACUCUUACUUUGAUGAAUCUUCCGACUAUGCUAAAUACCAGGAACAGCUACUGUCGCAAAAUGCAGCUAAUACGGCCCAAAGUGUUCGAUCCAUGAAGAGCUGCUCGAGUAUGGCCACCUCCAACUCGCGCGUUACAAGCUGGACGGACUCAACGGCUGGUAAUACACUAACUAUGAAACAGUUUCCUCCAUUGACUCGGCAGGGCUUGGAUAUCAUUCGUGAAGAUAGUGAUGUGUACACGCCUACUCCUUCUCCAGGCCGACACCGGCAUGAUGGGUACUCUAUUUUCCGGCAACCCCUUGACAAUACGGUUGACAUUGAUAGCCAACGGAUGUUCUCUGCCCUCAUGCGGAACAUUGAUGAGACUAAGAACAAAAGGAAAGCUAACCAAGCUCCACUAACCAAGUCAAAGGCCAGGUCAAGCCAUGAUUCGUCUACGAAUGGUUCUCCCCUGACUAUUAGAGCAGUCAAGCAAUCACCUAACGCACCCUCCGCAAGGCAGUCGAUGUCUGGCUCUAGGGCAUCCCCGAGUUCCCGCAGUCUCUUCUCAGUGAGAUCAAGCCGCACUGUUAAACUAACUCCACAGGAGAUUGCUCGCAAAAAUGAGAUGGUUUCUAGAAAGCGGUCUGACCAGACAAUUCGCGGCUUGGGUCGUUUAGAUCUAUCAGGCACAUCUAUCUCCGAAAACAAGCCCACGGGAGAAUGGCAAACCGAGCAGUUAGAACUGCGGGAUGACUCUGGGAGCGUGAUCAUCAAUAGAUCUCAAGAGGAUGGAGAUAUUCCACCCUCACCGAGUGUUUAUUCAAGGACAACAGAAGUGAGGUCCCCAUACAGACUGAAUGUUGACUCUUCAGACUCUGAUGAGGAAGAACCUGGUACUGUUACAAUUCUUGAUAGCCAGCGUCUACCAUACCCUCCCAGACGUAGCAGUCAGGCCGCGAGAGGAAUCAGCAGCGACUGGAAAACAUGGAUGAACUCUCAGAUGGAUUUGAUUGACGCUGCUGCCCGUUCGGCAAGUUUAGCAAACCCUAAUUACGCUCUUCCUGGUCACUACCGAGAAGAUACCCAAAUCAAUGGCCCAAGCCCGGAGGAGCUGAAGCGCGUGGUACUAGCUCGUCGCAAGCAGUCAUCUCGCGGAGUACCAAGUCCCAGCAGUACCGCUGGCGGAAGAUCUACCAAUGGUGACCCCAGGACAAACAUAACAGAAGCACUCUCUAUACCAAACAAUAAUUUUUCACGCCCACUGCGCAGUUCGCCAAAUGGCAAUCUGUCAGCUUGCAGCACGGUAGUUCGAAAACCAUCUAUAACGACCUCAGCAAUUCGUCACCCGUGUACUCCACUGAUAUGUGAUAGUGAAAUGACUCCAUCGCCACUAUCGGUCCGAGCUAGGAGUAUGUCAAGGACACCAACAACCGCCGCUGUUCCUCCUCUACAGUACAAUAAAACACGGCCAGCCGGAGAUGGCGCUAUCUUGGAAGACUCCUCGCUUAUGAAUAGCGGGCAAUCUUCUCAAGGCCAAUCUGGGUCUUCAGUGUCACCUAUAUGUCUGAAUGAUGGUAAAAGUCUACUUCAAGAAAUCCAGUUCAAUUCCGUGCGCCCAAGGCGUGAGCAGACGAAUGGUACCAAAGAAAACAAAUGGACUUCUGCUUCGUACCGCCAAAAUGGCCGCCCGAAUUAUGCGUCAAAACUCAACGGCCUUCAUAGUACGAUUAGUACCAAGCGUAUGGUGGACAUAUUCUUAAGUGAGCGAAGUCAGCCGCCAAGGGGCAGUGCGGAUGAUAGUGCUCCUGAGCCAGCAUUUUUAUAA